AUGGGUAUGGCUCCCCACUAUGCUUUCGAAAGGCUGAAGCUACAACAAUAUGAUGGUGAGUUGUUUGAUACGGCGCUCCUACCGCUGUUGAACAAGUACGUCAUCCUGCAAAACAAGUUCGACCUCAGAACCACCACGACUCUUGCUGAUGAACUGUUCCUCUUACGAGGGGGUAGUGAGUCAAGGGAGACGGUUGGAAAUCAUGUGUCGGAAUGGCUAGGUGCUCAAGGAGUGAAAGCGGAAUAUGAGUACGUUGAGCAACAAGUCUUCUGGGAAUGGAAGCUGCAUGGGACGCCUUAUGGUGGUGCGCCUGAAACUGGGUGGAAUAAGUUUAGCGAUGCCUACGAUGGUUUUGAGAAGAAUUCACGCGGCAAGUUUCAGGAGGAGUACAACCAGUUUUUGACAGCUAUACGGUGA